AUGUCUGAAAGGUCGCAGAGUCCGGAGUGCCAAAUCAGGCCGUAUGACUUCAGUCGGACCAACCCUUGCACCCAGGUUUUGGGUCAUGAGGGUUCGGGCAGCUCUGCGCCAUUCCAGCUUCCCCACGGCGUCCUGCCAGACCCGGGCCUCUUCUACAACAAAUCCGCGUAUGGUGGCAUCGCACCAGCAUCCGCACAGACGUUUUUCGCUUUCCCACCGGUCACCAGUGACUACAGGGGAUCCGAUCUUCAGGCUGGAGAGUUUGGGCAACCCAAGCACUGGUAUCCAUUCGCUGCGCCCGAGUACACCGGCCAGGUACCCGGCGUAACUGCAGCCACCCAGCCUACAAACAUGAGUCCCUCCAUAGCUGAGACUCGGGAGCAAAUCAAACUGCCCGACAUAAAGACUGAGAAGGACACCAGCAAUGACUACUCGGAGAUUAAGGUUCAGCAGUACUCAACGGCGCCAGCCUCCGCCGCCAUGUCCCAUGGAGUCUUCUACUCUCCGGCCUGGAACCCGUCCUUCUGGCCCGGGAUCACCCACAUUACAGCACCCGGUAGCGGUAAUCAGAAUCCCUCCACAUCAUCUGCGUCUUCACCAUCUAUGUCCCCCUCUCCCCCAAGCAACGGGCUUCCAGGGAACGCGUUUUUUAGCGUGAACACUACCCAGACUGCCGCCGGGCCCCAGACGCAGAACCCGGCCUCCUCCACGCGGAGCAGCGGGUCCUCCAGCGGCGGAUGCAGCGACUCGGAGGAGGAGAAUCUUUCCACAGAAGAACUGGAGCUGUUCGCUAAGGACCUGAAACACAAGCGCAUUACCUUGGGUUUCACUCAAGCCGAUGUUGGCCUUGCCCUGGGUAACCUUUAUGGUAAGAUGUUCAGCCAGACCACCAUUUGCCGCUUUGAGGCUCUGCAGCUAAGCUUUAAGAACAUGUGCAAGCUGAAGCCCCUUCUUCAGAGAUGGCUGAAUGAGGCAGAGACCUCAGACAAUCCCCAGGAUAUGUACAAGAUUGAGAGAGUAUUUGUUGACACCAGAAAGAGGAAGAGAAGGACCAGUCUGGAGGGAGCUGUGCGCUCUGCUCUGGAGUCUUACUUUAUCAAGUGUCCCAAGCCCAACACCCAAGAAAUCACACACAUCUCAGAUGACCUAGGUCUGGAGAGAGAUGUUGUCCGUGUAUGGUUCUGCAACCGAAGACAGAAAGGAAAGCGCCUGGCCUUGCCUCUAGACGAGGAGUGCGACGGCCAAUACUACGAGCAGAGUCCUUCCCCACUGAACAUGGUCACCUCCCCCAUUUCCAGUCAGGGCUACCCUGCUUCCAGCUACCACGGUGCCCCUCCUCCUACACUCUACAUGCCCCCGCUUCAUCGGCCUGACAUCUUGAAACAAACCCUGCACCCUGGACUAGUUGGUCACCUAACUGGAUAAACUCAGGUCCUCAGGUAUGCCAGAACCACAGAUUGCCUUCCCGCACCUCUGUCCAACCUCAACUAAAGCGGAAGAGGAGCCUCUAUAGCCAGUAACCAGAUUGACUAAUUGCGUCAGAUUGUGGGAUGGAAACAUUCCAAGUGGGGAGGCUCUUCUACUGACCACAGCAGGGGGAUUGUUGAAAGUGGUUGUGUUUUGCUGGUGAAAUGUAUCAAACUGCCAUGGGCAACAUCCUCCUUACAAUGACCAGCAACUAAGACACAUUUUAAACUGAAUAUGCCUUUUUUGUUUUCUUGGAUAAUGCAUAAUAAGUUAUUCAAUAGGCUUUAUUUAUCAUUGCCGGUUUAGAACAAUGUCAAGGUGAGAUUUGGUACCGAUGUUAACUUGCUACAAUACAUGGUCCAGUUGUUGGGUGAGGAUGUGUGUAAUGUGAGCAGGGUUAAAGAGCCAAGUAAUUCCUUCCACUUUUGCCAAAUCUCGUGCAGGUUUUCUGUGACGCAGGUGAGGAAAGAUCUUGG